GUAAACCAAAAUGGCGAGUGUGAUGGCGGUUCGCGACGGUUUGCGGCGUGUUUCGAGCACGCUCGCGAUUUUCUGAACGGGACGCACGCAAUAAUGUGAUCCAUGUGACUCGCGUCGACACUCGCGGCAAACUCGUGGAACCGUCGAUCGGCGUGUCGAACUCGCGUUUCUUUCAUCGGUACAAUAACAUCCAGCCAGUGUGACCAGUCGGAUCGAACACCCUCCCGAUCUCGGACGAUCGACGGGCUGACAAUUUCCCGGAGCUAAUCAUACACCCAGAUGACGCAAUGACGCUACAUUGGUGGAUGCAUUGGUUCUGGGUUACCGCGCAAUUUCUCGUGAUUCUCGGGAGUCCCCUGCCGUCCACCACAUCGGGCCCCAUCAACCAGCCGUCUCCGACCUCCGAAGAUACCUCCGAGUCGCCGAGAGCGAGCUUCCGCGUCGCCAAGGCCAUCGGUCUUUAUCCGCAGACGAACACGGCGGUCGUGUUGGACAGGCAACCCGUCACCUCGGCACCGUUGGAACGUGGAAAUACCUCCGAGCCCACUACGCAGCGCGCCGCCGAGAACAUCGAGAGGAUUAGAAAUUCGACCACGAAGAAGGACAGCAAAGUCACGUGGAUCCUGACGACGAACAAGUCGGGUAGAUCGAAGUACGAUCAGGAGGAGAGGAACCAGUCGAGCGGCAGGAACGAGGAGGUCGAGGAUCUCACGGUGCUACCUCUCCAGGAAGAGAUGUCGGAUCUGAUGCUGAAUCGGACGAGAUCCGCUCUCGUAACGUCGGUCGGCGGUAACGCCGCGAUCAGGACGUUCAAUCGAUCCGAGGACGACGUCGAGAUCGAGGUGGCCCAGACGCAGCAUUUCGCCACAGCGGCGUCUAUCCUCGAAGUUGGCGUGAGCGAAUCCACUCGUUCGAGCAGAGCGAGGAACACUUUCAUCGCGAAGCCCUUCCAGAGAGAUCAAGGAGACAAUCAGCCUUCCGAUUACGAUGCCGGUAAUGACAGCGCCAAGCAAGGCUCGACGAGAUCCGCCGCGGAUAUAGCCGCUAUUACAGGCAGUUGUUUAGCGACUGUGGCCCUGCUCAGUACAAUGGGUAGUCUUGGAUUCAUUAUGUACAGACGCAAGUACUUGAAUCCUCCGCAAACGUUGAACAGCGAUAAAUGCAGCAAUCCCGAUAGCUCCGGCUACAUCGACGAUUCCACCAUUCGUGAUAACUCCGAGGAGAUGUACAGUUUGGAUAACGACUCGUUCCUAAAUUCGCUAGAGGCGAUGACAAUACAGAAUUACUGGACAGACAGUGUGAAGCAUACGAAGCUAUGACAAAAAAGGAUAACUCAUCCCGGAAAGAGAAUCGAAUCGUUCAACAUUUCCGACGGUGAAGCACACGAGCAAAUCUCUCUGCUCGAGCAAUAGUACUUACACACGAGACGUACUCUCUCGCUGCGAGCAGUCUCGUCGCAACGACAAACACGGUAGGGUGCGUCGAAAAAUCGUUAUCCAGUUCUAAGACGUCGAAACGUUUUACGACGUGACCGUAUAAGGAAUUGCAGAUCAAAACCGCGAGGCGACGUUUCCCGAGCGUUGAUUCACGUCACUUCUAUCGUCUCUAUAUUUUUCUACCACGCAUGCGGUUGGCAAAGUCGCGCUUACAGGCAGGAAGUGGCGCAAUUAUCCUUUGAAUAUUUCCCCAUUAAUGGUAUAGUGCAAUAAAUAAAUAAAAAUGUACUUUAUUAUUAAAUUAAAUUAACACGAUAAUGCUACCCUAGAGAAGUAAGUACAAAUAAGACUACAUUUUUUAGUCUCCAUAACUGUCGCUGAAAAAGUAACAGGAGAAAUAAUCCUUAGGAUUAUUCAGAGUACAAUACCUGCGAAUUGGAACUCGUAUAUGUACAAUUGUACUUAACAACGUCUCUUUGAUCGUACUACUCUCUCCUCCUACAAUCUCACUUCGAAAUUACAUCGCACGGCCAUGUUUGACAGUCGCUUAAGUCGGAUAGCUGAAAUAUUUUCGAAUAUUGGAUUUACGAAUGAUCGGACCAAAUGUAGAUCUAGCUUUAUGCCUUCAUGACAUAUCCAGCUGAAACGAUUGAUUGAUUCACGUUUUCCAUUACGAGUCUAGCUUGUACUUAUGUACAUACAAAAUCGUCAAGUUUUAUGUAUAGAUGUGCGGUAUCUCGCGCGCCAGCGUGGCGUGAUUAAUUUUAAGUAGCUUCAGCGUUUGUCGGUCAGAUAUAUUUCAAUAUAUCCGAUAAAGCGGGCGGACAGAGAAUCUAUUGUGAUAGCGUUUAAUAUAAAUCAACGUCGUCUAUGGUGUGAAUAAACACACUCGUGUAUUAUACACCUUUGUUCAUUCGUGAACUUUGCUUCGAUAUUACGCCCGGUUGUUAAAUUCACCGUGGCGUACAGCCACCAAAAUUCUAGCGAGUUUCAUAUUUACGAUGCUUAUUUUAUAUCAUUAUUGUACAUAUAAUAUAAAUAUAGUUUUAAUAAAUAAAUGUAGUCUAGCGAAAGUUA